CUGAAAUCAGUCUUCUCUCUCACUGGAUGUGUUUUCUUCCUGUUUAGAAAAGAAGCAUGGCAGCAAGAAUUAGCAAUGACUUUCAGCUGGUUAUUCCUGAAAGAGGUGAAAGAGUUAAGAUUAAUGCGGGAUCUACUCUCACUGUGUCAUGCCACUUGUCUCCUGCACUCAGUGCUGUUGACAUGGAGAUUACUUGGUUUGGUGAGAUGUCUUGUAUUUGUGCCUAUAAGAACCGAGAGAUGACACAGAGUGUUGGCUAUGAGGGCAGAGCGAGUCUGUUCAUUAAUGACCUGUCGAGAGGGAAUGUCUCUUUAAGAGUGGCAGACUUCAGAGAAUCAGAUCUGGGAGUUUACAUGUGCAGAGUCGUCAGUAGAAAUGAAACACAGCAGAUAACAGUAGAUGUAGCAGAAGAAGUCUCUGCUAUUUUCAAGGACCAGAGCUUCUUUACAGUGAAUCACAACAUGGGAGAAACAAGCAACAAGUCAGGAGCAUUUACUGUUGAUUCAGAAAAUCAGCUUGAGGAUUACAAGAUUGGAGAGGCAAUAUAUCAAUUAUCAAUCCACUCUGCAUAUCACAGUGCUUCAGGGAAGGAUCAGUGUAAGGAUUGCAAGGGAGAAAUGGACAACAAAUUAUCAUCACAGUACAUCAAAUCAGAUCUAAGCCACCAAGACGAGCAGCCUGGGGAUGACAGAAUGGGAACCAAAAGCAAAGAUUUUUUGAGCCAAGCUUCAUAUCACAAUGAACCAAACAAAAGCCAGCAUGGGAUGGAAGUCUUGAACAAGAACUUUCAGCUUGUUGUUCCCAGUACAACAAAAGAACCAGAGGUUUCUUUGGGGGCUGAUUUUAUUAUUCCAUGUCAUUUGUCUCCUGAAAUCAGUGCUGUUGACAUGGAGAUCAGUUGGUCUAAUGAUACAGCCUGUGUUUGCCUGUAUAAAGACAGGAAGGUGACAGAAGGGGUUUUGUUCAAGGACAGAGUGAGUCUGUUCACUCAUAAGCUUAGGGAAGGAAAUGUGUCCUUACGACUGAAAAACUUCAGGCUGUCAGAUAUCGGAAAUUACCAUUGUCAGGUCAUCAGUAAAGACAGAAAAGAGAAUAUAACAGUGAGAGGUGAGUAAUCCUCUACUUCAGAUCAGUGUGCUCAUUAAUAAUGUCACAUCAAAAUGAAUCUGAACUGAAACAGAAAUCUAGGGGUAUGUUAGAUCCUCAUCAGUAUGUGAUCGGUAAGCUGUUCUGAAACUAAUACAUGGGCAUAUUUCAGCUUUAUCCAAUUUACUUGUUAUAAUUUUCACUGGAACAUUUAACCAAUUUUAAUACUUGAUCCAAAAUGAAUCAUUCAUCUCACAGGAACUAUAUAAAAUAGUGAGUUUGAGUAUUCUACAUGAAUAGUAAGAGAUAUAAGCGCAGAAAAACAUCCAAUAAUCAUGUCUAUUAGUUAAAGGGAUACUCCACCGCAUAAUGAAAAUUUUGUUAUUAAUCACUCAACCCCAUGU